CUUUCCCUCUCGUUCGUCAUUCCUUUGCAAUCAUGGCGAACUCAAAAGAAAAAGAUGCGAUCAGUAAUGGGAAAGAACAAUUAAUAGCACCAGAAGAACGCAUCUAUGUCGACAACUCAAGCUUACUAGAACUCAAAACGGCAUGUGACGAAGCAGUGGAAAGGAUCCUGACGAGAACAUCGAUGUCCUCAUCUCUGGCACCUGCACCAGGUCUAAGCCCAUCUGGAAGUGGUGCAUCCUCGCCUACAUCUCCAACAUCCCCAUCUUCUUCAACCGCUUCUCUAUUACGAGUUCCAGCAGAUGCAUCAACUGAGCCUUUCCCACCUUUCAAGGCUUCUCACUUUCAUACAGAUUUUCGUUUGGCAAUCGGGUUUAUCGGAUCAGCAAUCAUGAUCGGUACAAGCGUAUGGUCAUACUUUAUCGAAAAAGAAUGGCAAAAGAAUAAACAUGCAUGUGGAAUCGCAGUUGUGAUUUAUGCCGUUUUGAUGAUCAUUGCAGGAAUUGAUUCAUACUAUACCGCUUCAACAAUCUUUGUUGGAAAACGUAAAAUGUUGGCAAAACGAAUCGAAACGGAACGUUUGACGAUCGCUUCUCCUGCUUUGCCAAAGCCAAUCACUGCUAAAACAGCUUCUGCGGAUGGCAAAAAGUGGACAACUCCUCCCGUUUACACUUUGACCAUUGAUUAUACACGCAAGAGUAACGGAGGAAAGAGUCUCUUACGUGAAGCAAAGAACAAAAAGGUCGAAUUAGGUCAUUUGGGUGAAUGGUUCACAGAAGAGGGUGAAUUUUGCGAAGAUAUCUUUGAACAAAGGCUCAUUUCAGGUUUGGAGAAAGCCUUUGGACAGUGAAAGAAAAGAAGAAAAAACCGAGACACAAUUAAUAGACGGAUGCUACAAUAUCCGUGUCACGAGCUAUCACACAUUUGUAUCGAUACCCCCUCAUCAUCUACAUGCAUAAAUGUCAUCAUAUUGAAUGAAC